CCCAUUAUUAAACUAACCUCGCAAUCAAUCACAUCCGCAGCUUAGCUCAGGCUAACUAAACCCGCACCGAUCAUACCGCUCCGGCGCUCCCCACACACGCAGCUCGAUUUUCCCACUCCCACCAAACCCCUCACCCCCGGUGCGCCCGCCCGAGAUCCAAAUCCAGCACCGUGCGAUGCCGGAGGCGGCGUUGCCGACGACGCCUGCCGCGGCGAGCUCCCCGGCCGCCGCCUCCGUGCUGCUGCGGGCGAGGCGGCGGCGCAAGGCGUGGCGGCGCCCGCGCGGCGGGCUGCUGUGCUGGGGCGCCCUCGUGGCCUUCUUCUUCCUCAUGAACUGGUGGAUGUUCUCCCGCCUCCAGGACCCCGCCACGCGCCCGCGCUUCCGUCUCCGCCGCCACCCACCCCGCGUAGCCGCCGCGGCCAACUCGUCGCUCUUGACUCUGGAAGAGGUGAGGCAUGCUGAAAAGGGGAAGAGACCUCACCAGGUCAUGCUCACCCGCCUGCUUUCUUUGGCAGCCCAUGCCUUAGCAGAGGCAGAGACUAGGCCAGAACCGAAGGACUUGUGGAAAGAGCCAGUAAAUGCCACUUUGUGGAGACCUUGCUCUGACCAAACGGAUUGGGAAGCAUCAGGGAACACCAGUUCAUCAGAUGCAGAUGGAACCAAUGGUUACAUUAUCAUUAGUGCCAAUGGUGGAAUAAACCAGCAAAGGGUAGCGAUCUGUAAUGCUGUAACUAUAUCCCGGUUGCUCAAUGCAACCCUUGUCAUCCCGAAGUUUUUGUACAGUAAUGUUUGGCUGGACAAAAGCCAGUUUGGAGAUAUAUAUCAGGAGGAUUAUUUUAUCAAAUAUUUGAAAUCUGAUGUUCGGAUUGUGAAGGAGCUUCCUUUGGAGUUGCAAUCAUUAGACUUGGAGGCGAUCGGCAGCAUUGUUAAUGAUACAGAUGUCAUGAAAGAGGCAAAGCCAAGUAUAUAUGUAAAAAAGAUCCUACCAAUUUUACUGAAGAACAGAGUUGUUCACUUUGUGGGAUUUGGCAAUCGUUUAUCUUUUGAUCCAAUACCUUUUCAACUUCAGAGAUUGCGAUGCAGAUGUAAUUUUCACGCUCUUCGUUUCGUACACAAAAUACAAGAAACUGGUGCAUUACUUGUGGGGAGAUUGCAUGGCCACAUGCCCCAUUUGUCACCUUUGGAAGAUAAUCUUUUAGGUCAUUUUGCUGGGAAAUCCAUUCCCAAUGGGAACAGGAACGUCUCGUCCAAAUAUCUUGCUGUUCAUCUCAGAUUUGAGAUUGAUAUGGUUGCAUACUCAAUGUGUUACUUUGGUGGUGGAGAAGAUGAGGAAGAGGAAUUAGAGAAGUACCGUCAAAUUCACUUCCCUGUUCUUACAGAAAUCAAGAAGACAACAAAGUUGCCCUCUGCUGCUUUCUUACGAUCUGAAGGCAAAUGCCCCCUUGCACCUGAAGAGGCUGUGCUUAUGCUUGCUGCUAUUGGUUUCAAGCGCAGCACCAAUAUAUACAUUGCAGGUGCUGAAAUUUAUGGAGGUAGGCAAAGGAUGGCUGCCAUAAGUCGUCUGUAUCCUGCUUUAGUAACUAAAGAAACCCUUCUGUCUCCAUCAGAGCUUGAGCCGUUCAGGAACUUCUCAUCACAGUUGGCAGCCCUGGACUUUAUUGCAUGUGCAUCAGCUGAUGCAUUCGCUAUGACUGACUCAGGCAGCCAGUUUUCUUCUCUCGUUCAAGGAUACCGCAUGUACUAUGGUGGUGGGGACCUUCCCACAAUAAGACCAAACAAGCGCCGGCUAGCCAGCAUACUUGUGAAGAAUGCCACCAUAGAGUGGAAGGAAUUUGAAACUAGAGUAAACAAGCUCAUACAACAAACUAAGCAAGUCCAUGAGAGGCCAGUUGCAAGAAGUAUAUUUAGACAUCCACGCUGUCCAGAGUGUAUGUGCAGAACAGAUAUGUCAGAUACUUGAGACAUUUUGCCAGUUUCUCGUGCCUAUAGCAUCAUUAUUCAGCCAAGCUUGUUUUUGGUGCUUUGGCUGAUAUAUCUGACAUAUAUCUGAUAUAUCUGUACCAUUUGGAUCAACUUAAAAAAUGGGGCAAAUGAGCUUUCACUCCAAGGAGAACAACAAUUGUGGUAGGAUUAACUUUCAUCGGCUGGCUGCCCUGAUCUGCUUAACAUUGUAUUGGAUUUGGAUUCUCCGGCAGAUUAUUUUUCUGCUCUGAUGGAAGUAGAUCAAGGACUAAACAUGUAUGUGGACUGAGUUGUUGCUGCUGCCAUAUUCUUUUCAGAAGUCUCAGCUGAUAACAAUCUUGUCACCGGGACUGCGUUAUCUGGAUCUGACCAAAGAAGAAGCAACAGAUUCAUUUCAGGUCAGACUUCAGAGCGUCUUUGGUUCGAUGCUCCUGGUUUUGCACAAAUCGGGUAAUGCCAUAGCCGUUGUGGCAUCCUUCAUCAUUAGGUGAGUGUACUCUAAAUGUCAACCUGCUGUGCCCAUUCUUUCCCAUUCUUGUGUUAAUUGGGUAGUCUUGUGUUAUACGAGCUGUACAUAUUUUGUAAACUUGUAAGUUCAUACCAAAGUUAAACUACAGCGAGAGAAGAAGAAUAGUGGAGUACCUCUUUUCUGUGCC